CAGCUUGCGGUACUCUGAGGAGCUGAAGACAGUAGGCAGCUGGCGAAGCAGAAGAUGAAGACCAAGCUGUGCUUAGCCCUUCUGCUGGCCCUAGUGGCCGAACAGGUGUCCUCACAACGACUCCUUGGCUUAAUGGCCAGUGCUGGGCUUAUGCGCGCUUUACGAAAUCGCGAACAGCAACAGAAAGAAUCUCCUUCACCACUAAAUCAACAUCAACCUGAACCGGUGCCUGGAGGAUAUCCCGGUUCGCCCCCACAUGGGCCAGUUGGAUUCAGACCAGCUGGCGGCUUCAGUGAAUAUGGAUACGGAGGGUAUGGAGGAGGAUCAGCCGGAUCAAGUCUAGAGGGAGCUUCGCCAUUUGGCGCGGCUUCGUAUGGCUAUCCAACUUUCAGUCAGUUUGGAUCGAACUCGUUCGGCGGUUAUCCCGGGAACAGUGUUGGAUUUGCGCCAUCUUCAGCCUUCCAAGGCUACGGGGGUUCAUCUGUGGGCGCAGAACAUGUAGCUUCUGCUAGCCAGCAGAGUUACCAAACUGCACCUGCCGGCUCGUACGGACAAUCAUCGUAUGCCUCGCCUUCAGUCGGCUACGGAAAAGGUUAUAGCGGACAGGGGCAAAGCUUCCAAUAGGCUGCUAACUUUCUUUCUCGAAGACUAUCCUUCCUAUUGCUGACCUCGGCUGAAGACUCCGACGCUUCUCGACUAUCCGCAAACCAUCAAAUAUGUGCUGUGUGUCCCUAGACGUGACAGUGUCAUUAGUAGCGUGGUAUCGUCUCGUGGCGUGACCCUAAGCCCUCAACGUUAAUCUAACCUCCCUAAGCCUGCUAUCUACCCUUUUGUCCCUUUUCCAUCAUAUAGCCCAACUAUGCAAUGAGUCAAAGUUUCCUGUCUCUUAUAAUUUACUCCUUUCUCUUAUCGUUUUUGAUUUUUUUCCAGUCUUUCUGUUCUCGUUCUAGUUCUUUACUUGCUCUGUUCCUGUGUGUUCCUGUUCAUUCUUUCAUGUCUCAUACUUUCGUCUAUCAACUUGCCUCAUUCGUCUACAACUAUUCUAUGUUUCUAACCUUUUCUGCGGCCGCGCUGGUGCGGCUUGCGAGCAGUGCCAAAGAUUUCCUCCCGUUUAACAAACGAAGGUUAGUCCUUAGUAGCAGACGUCCCUAGUUUAUUGAAUGUUUCAUGUGGGGUAUUACCGCUGGUGGAAGUGAUGCGUAACGAGAAUGUCAAUAUUCGCUAUACACUUUCCUAUAUUGCUAUAUUUUACCCUCGACCUGUUUUUUCUGGUGUUUGGACCCGAACCGUGUUUAUCUGGCCUAGGGCCUCCAACUCAGAUAGCCUUUUUAGCCUGAGAUCAUCAACGGCCGCAUGAUCUUCAAAAAAAGUUCUUAAAGGUGUAAGUAUUCUUUGACACACAAGUCUAGCGUCUAGCGCCCAUUUGUUAUCUGGUAGCUGCUUCAUUAACUCUACCAUUUGGAGACGUUUCAGAAAUGGAGGAGAUCCUCGCCCGCGAUACCGGGCCUUAUCCUCACUAUCCUAUAAUUUCCAUUUCGCUAGAUGUAUAUUCUUCCGGCUACCUUGAGGCCACGCUUUUAUUUGAAGCUCCCAUCAUCAUUACCUAAUAACGAUAGGCUCGUUAGUCCCUGGCCAGCUUGGUGAUGGUGUCUUUUAGGUUGCAAUCCUGCGAGUUCCGGUUAGACCUAAAUAAGUAGAGUUAAAGAUAACCUUAAAUAAAGUGCUGCCAAGAAAUUCUGUAAGUUUAAAGACGAAAUAAAAAUGCUGCUUUUGGGCCUCCCCGAAGCUUACAUAUAUUCGGUAAAAGUGACGAGAUGUUAAAAAUAAAUAUUAGUCGGAGGUUGAUUUACUACGUUGACGGGUCGACGGAACACCGUUGCCGACCCGUAUUCAUCGAUCCACGAAGCACACUGUAAAUAUUCUAGUCGUUACAUCUUAAUGUUAUAUGUAAAUUAACAAUAAAUUAAUGUUUCUAUAAACGUUGUA